AUGCUCAAAGGCGAAUACGAAUCAAUGUGUGCCCUCUACAAAGCCGCACCCACCUUCGUCCCCGAACCCCUCGCAUACGGUCAACUCAACGUAUCAAACCCAGCCUCCUACUUCUUUCUCUGCGACUUCCUAGAUAUGGAUACCAGCCAACCCCCCGACCCAGAACAACUCUGCAGAAAACUCGUCGCGCUCCACCUCUCCAGCGAGUCACCGACUGGCCAAUUCGGCUUCGACAUGAAUACCUGUCAGGGCAACCUGCCCCAGCAAACAGCCUGGCAAGACAGUUGGAAAGACUUCUUCAUCCAGCUGCUUAACGGCGCUAUGAAACUCAAUCGCGAUAUCAACGGGCCUUGGAAAGAUCUGCAGGAAUGUACUGAUCGCCUCAUUUCUCACGUCGUACCAGCGCUUCUCAACCCCCUUACGGAGGAAGGCCGCGUUAUUAAACCUACAUUGAUACACGGCGAUCUCUGGGACGGCAACAUUGGCACUGAUACCGCGACAGGAGAAAUCUACGCCUUCGACGCAUGUGCAUACUACGCGCAUCACGAAAUGGAGAUAGCUAUUUGGCGCGGAGAUCCUAGUAACGUUUUGGGUCGGAAAGAAUACACGAAUACUUAUGUACAGCUGAUGGGGGCGAGUGAACCGGUCGAGGGAUCUUAUGGUAUUAUGAAGGAGUUGAUUAAGCAAUACCCGCUGUUGGAUGAAGAGCAGGGGGAUGUGCGGUGA